AGGGGUGUGAAUUUGGGGAAAUACCUGAAAGAUCAGCAUUCAGAGGUUGUUACUGUAAGCACGGUUAUCGUCCCAUCACUUAAUCUACUCUCUCCCAAUCGAGAGGCUCAGAAAGCUGUGAUUCAGAGGAGCAGUCCUUCUAUUGGCUGGAGCUGCUAAGGGGCAGAGCCUUGCCACAGGCUGGUGGACAGGAAGGGGUUGGCUUUAGGGCUCUGUGUGUGUGUGUGUGCGUGCGUGUGUGUGUGUUGGGGGGUGGCUGGAAGUGUUACAGCCAGAUAGUUGGAGUAGACACUCUUCUGCUUCCUGCCUGCCUGCCUGCCCUCCUCGCACGCCUGCUCCGUGGCUAAGAGAGAGAGAGAGAGAGUGAGACAUCGAGAGAAAAUCCCUGUCUAGGCAUGGACCUCCGGCUGCAGCAGUCGGCAGCUCGCGAGGAAUGACAACAGUUCACAUGGUCAUUAACUCCACUCGCUGAGGCUGAAGGGAGAGCUGUACUGUAGCUCCGUGUCACAGAAGCACCGGCUGCCUCCUGUGUUCGGGACAGCAGACAGACACGGCAAGAGCUACGGGACCCAGUGAAAUGAGAUCACUGACAGAAAGUGCCUUGUGAGACAACAUCCCUACUUGAAGAUCCCUGGGCGUUUCUGAAGAGCUCCAGAUUUUUUUUUUUCCAUUUGCAGUCGUGACGGGACGGACACAAACACCCCUGAGCUUUUGGUUUGUCCUUACCUGUGCUCAGUGAGGAAACCGCAGGUGGAGAGGUGGGGCUGCUGCACUGCUGGCCAAGGUGCCAAAGCUCAGAUAGAGUAGGUACUGAAGACUUUUAAACAACAGAAACUUUGUGUUUUCCUAAAUUGUGCCAUUACAUCUCAGAAUAGCACCACGUUUGCUCCCCAACAUCCACCCUUGCACAGGUAUCAUCGCUCAUACGGAGGACAUUUUCAGGACAUUGGGACAACCAGCAGAGUUUGCCUCUGAGCAUGCCCCCUCUGCCUUGUCAGAGGUCUGUACCUGAGACUUACUGAUUGAUAAACAAUUAGCUGUUUGACAGACAAACUCCCUUACAGCAGUGCAGUCCCAUGCUCCGGUCACAGAGACUUUGCCAGUCCAUUACCUCCGCUUUCCUGUCCACAAGGACAAACCUCAUCCACUGACCUGAAGCAGAUCGUUGAUAGCUGCAUGUUCCAUCAGUUUUAGUUGUUGUGUGUUUUAUUUUCUUUUUUUUUUCUUUUUUACUGGAACACUCUGAAAUAAGUCCUCAGAGGAUAGCCUCCUCCGUAAACCAAGUGGCUCCAUUCCACUCCAGCUCCACAGGCAGCGCUGCUGACAUGGCUCUAAACAUCGCCUCGAUACGAGACACAAAAUGGCUGACCCUGGAAGUGUGCCGGCAGUUUCAGAGAGGGACUUGUUCACGCAGUGAUGAGGAAUGCAAAUUUGCCCACCCACCCAAAAGCUGCCAGGUGGAGAACGGAAGGGUGAUCGCCUGUUUUGACUCGUUAAAGGGCCGCUGCACGCGAGAGAACUGCAAAUACCUCCACCCGCCUGCUCACCUGAAGACCCAGCUGGAGAUCAACGGGCGAAAUAACCUGAUCCAACAGAAGACAGCGGCCGCCAUGUUGGCUCAACAGAUGCAGUUCAUGAUCCCCGGCACCACCAUGCAGCCCGUGCAGACAUUUCCAGUCAGCCAGGGCCUGGGUUCCAGCGCAGGUUUGAGCUACACACCAUACCUGACUCCCAUGUCCCACAGCAUGGGCCUGGUGCCCACAGACAUCCUGCCCAGCACCCCCGUUAUCGUCCCUGGCAGCCCGCCUGUCUCUGUCACCGCCGGUUCGUCCUCCAACCAGAAACUUCUGCGCACCGACAAACUGGAGGUUUGCCGCGAGUUCCAGCGGGGCAACUGCGCUCGCGGGGAAACCGACUGCCGCUUCGCCCACCCGAGCGACAGCCCCAUGAUCGACACCAGCGACAACACGGUCACCGUCUGCAUGGACUACAUCAAGAGCCGCUGCUCCCGCGAGAAGUGCAAGUACUUCCACCCCCCGGCCCACCUGCAGGCCAAGAUUAAGGCCGCCCAACACCAGGCCAACCAGACAGCUGUGGCUGCGCAAGCUGCUGCCACAGCUGCAGCCAUGACUCAGUCGACUGCCAAAGCAAUGAAGCGACCCCUCGAGGCAACUGUAGACCUGGCGUUCCCCCACGGCGUCCUCCAGCCCCUACCAAAGAGACCAGCACUUGAGAAGAGCAAUGGGUCGAGCUCCCUGUUCAACCCCAGUGUUUUGCACUACCAGCAGGCGCUGGCCAACGCUCAGCUCCAGCAGCCCGCUUUCUUUCCCACAGGGUCAGUCUUGUGCAUGACUCCUGCUAGCAGUCUUGAUCAUCCUGAAGUAAACGUCAGGAAGGGAACGGAGUGUCACGAAGCUGCACUAGGAAACCCAAAACAGCCCCUGUGUAAAUACUACCUUACCUCUCCCAUAGAGGUUCAGCAACCUGCAUGCUAAGAGUGUAACACUUCAAUUUAACCGUAAGAACUGCAGUGCCGGUGUAACACACACACACACACACAAAAAAAAAGAUAUAUACUGUAUGUAUUGCUAGAAAAAAAUAUUAACAUGAAAAAGUAAAAAAUAUUCUUAUGUAUAGUACCAUAAACACACUAUAGAGGUCAUUUUAACAACUGUUCUCCCGAAGUACGGUGGAUCCCCCCUCUUUCUCGCUCUCUCUCUCUCUCUCUCUCUCUCUCUCUCCCUCUCAUAUUUAUUCUAAAACCCGGUGCACAUUGUUCAUCCCUUUGGUUAGUUUAAAAAAACAAAAAAAACAAAACAAGGAUGCUUGAUUUGCACUAAAAUGAUAGUGCUUAAUGUUAAAGUGGAAAACAGGAAGAGUCACAGAAAAACCCGUGCACAACCACACCGACGCGCUCGGCGCUUUCAAGUGGGUUUUCGUCUCGCGCUCUUUGUUUCUUGUCUCUACAAAGUUGAAUGUCCUCGGGGCAUCUUAAUAUGACUGUCCCUGCGAGGGUCCCUCUGUGACCCUCAUCUGCCCUAGAUGCUGUUAAGAUGCCAUGAUGAAGCUUAUCCUUCCCUUCCCCCUGCCAAUUUUUCAUCUCCGGAAACAUCUUGCCAAAGUCGCAGCUCGGAAGAAGUCGGUGGAAUCAACCUGCCAGAAAGCAGAGAUUUUUUUCUUAUUUGUUUUUUUUUUUUUUUUCUUUUCCUCUUUCGCGAAAGCUGCUCAGAAGGCACCCUUUAUUUGUUUUGGUGCUGGGUUCAGUGCUUUGUUCAGGAGGAGUGGUGGGAUAGAUUGUGCACGGAUUUUUGCAUGUAGUCUGGGGAAGAAGGUGCCCAGUGUUGACGGAAGAUAGUCGUGGCCAUUAACGAAAAGCCUAAAGGCUCGGGCCUGUGCCAAGGGCUUAGCAGAGCUUGAGGGUUCGUUCCAGACAUACCAAGCCUUGUGUGUGUGUGCGCAUGUGUGUUCGUAUCUGGAGACUGAUGGUCUGCCGGCAGACUGGGACUCUAAGCGAGGUCUAGCGGGUGAUGACAACACCAGGCCUGGUAGGAGAUGUUCUCGAAGGGUGGGGGGGGUGGGGCGAGGGACUUAAGUGCUAAGACUAAACAAACUAAAAAAAAAAAAAAAAAAAACAAAACAAAAAAAAACGGUGCAUUUGACGAUGCUCGUCAAGCAAAAGAUGACUUGAACUUCGACUGGAGGGCUAUCUGUGACCGUCGGUUGUCCUGUCCAACCCUACUAUCACCGAUAAUCCUGUUCCAUUUUAGAAAACUGUAGAAGUGCCUAAAAAAUUGCUCAUCAACAACACAUGCAUCCAGAGUGUAUCACUAAAAGUCACACAGACACAAAAAAAACACUGGCUAUCAGAGGCUACAUGGACCUUUCAGGAAAGACACGACAUUUCGCGAUUCGUUACUGGAAACGGUAUCCUAGCAACCGUUCAUUAAGAUCACAAGUGACUUUGCCGAGACAAAAGAAGUUAAAGAAAUGACAAAUCAAAAAUAGCUUUGUAGAAUGUUUGGUGACUUUCAUGGUGUACCAUCAUUUCUUACCAUGGUUUGAGUAGUUUACAUGAGGAACGUGAGUGAGAAAAAAAAAUGUAUUGUAAACUGUGUAAUGUAUGUAAAGUGUCUCUUAUUUUGAGAGUUUAUAUUCACGGUUCUAGAAAUGUAUUCAAAGUUAUUUAAAAUUUGUGUUGUGUCUAUUAUCAAGGUAUGUUUGAACCCCUCCCAAAACCCUCCACCAUCUCCACCUCUACACAGAACAAUCAUUUGUUUUUGUUUUUUAGCCAAGAUCAUAAAAUUGUUCUUUUAUUAUUUUACACCAACCCUAUCUUUAUUUUAUUUUAUUUUAUUUGCAUUCUAUAAAUGGCAUGUUUUAACUCAUGAUACUAAAUCUCAUUUUCCUCAUUUUCAAAAAAUCUGAUGUAAUUUCAUGGUGCUUGAUUAACAUCGACAAUCCACAAUACAUCACACCUUAGAACAGGAGUGCUUCACUCUGGUUUCACAUUUUGGUUACAUUCACUCUGGCUGUCUUCACAUGCAUUAUUAUUUGUAUGUAAUAUUUGUGGAAGGUGGUAAAAGUUCUAUUUUGUUGUAAUUUAUCUUGCGUUACUCUUGGUCAAAUUUUAGUCAAAAAACGAUGUUGUUAAUUAUUCUAUUUUGAAAUGAAUGUAAUUUAUUGAGCUGUGCUACGUUCUGCACGGUUGGUCAUUUCAAGGUCUAACCUGUCAGGUGAGCGAAUGAGAAGUUGCACAUGUCUGAGGGGUGGGGUUUAAAAGUCAGCCCACCAAUAGAAAGCUACUGGAUCUUUCUUGCCUUCUCAUCGAUUAAAAGAUCACGGUGUUGCAGUAAUGAGCAUAGUUAUAGAGUUGCUUGUGUUGUUGGAAAAAAAAAUGUUUAUUGUAUAGAUGACAUUUUACCAAAAAAAGAGAAGAAAAUUUCAAAAAAGAUGUACUUUUCACUCUAGUAUAAUAGUAUUUCAUAACAAUAUUAAGUUGUUGCUGUGGCAACCAAAUGUUGCAAUUACUAAAGUUCGGUAUUUUUGUAAAUGACAUUGUUGAGUUGAUUUUUGUUUGUUUUUGCUAGAACACUGUACACAAGGUAGAUUGUAAAGAAGAUAUGAACAUUUCUUAUUCUUCACUGAGAUUAUGACAAUGACCUAAUAUUUUCAUUAGCAAAUAACAGCCUCUAUAGUGCUGUGACUGUAACACUUAAAUAGAUUUAAAGUCAUCAAUGUUACAUAGAUUAUAUAUAAAUAUAUAUGAGAACGAAAUAAUCUAUAAAUUAAUAAGUUCAGAUGUACAACUCUUCCCCUGACAGAGGACCUUUAGGUUCCACACUGAGACAUUUUAUUCGAUGUAUCACUAGAGUUAAGGAUUGCACUUUCCAUGUUGUUUAAAGAUGUGAUCUGUUUCCUUUAAGGGUUUAGAGGUUUUUGCCCCCUGCUAGUAAAGUCAAUCUGUUUAUCAAUCAAAAGCAGAUACCAGUAAAUAACUUUCAACAUGUUGCAUGAGAAAACAAUAUUUUCUUUUCUUACUAAACGAUAACGUACUGAAUGUUUCUAGUGAAAAAAAAAAGUCUGUACACAAAAUGUCCUCAUUUGGUGACCCACAAUGCCCUUGUGUAUGGAAUCCUCUUGAGAUGUAAUAUUUUAUUUUCAACGUGUUGGCAAUGAUUGACUGAUGGUAACAAAAAAAAAAAGGAAAAGAAAAAUGUAAGCACUUUCUGAGCAGUUUGUCAACUGAGCAGACUCAGCUUAUCCAAACACUUUGCCUUAUCUUGAGUCCAAUGUGCUUAAGGUUUUAUGUUUUUAAGAGCUCUUAUAAAAUUAUUCAAGAGACUCGAAUGGGCCUCUCUUCCCAAAUCCCUUCAGUUUCAUUUCAAAUAUGUACCUUUAUAUCUAAAAUCAUUUUUUAACGGUUUUAAUGUGUGCAUCACACGGCCAAAAGGGGCGACUGCAACAGAGUGAACAGUCAUUUGUCUUUACCUCUGGUCUCCCAAAUCUGUAGUGAGAUAAUUUUGUGCCAUUACUUUAUAAUGGAACUAUUCAGAUCUUGUAAUUUGCAUCUUUAGCCAGCAGAGGGCACUACACUGGAGACUACAGGUUAUGAAUUGUGACUGUCUGUGCCAUCAUUGUUGCAGCGCACCCCCACCAACAAAAUAAAAUCAAAGAUAAUUUGACAAGAAGACCCUCAUUGGAUUUAUAGUUUCAAUGUAAUCGUUUUUAAAUGUAUUCUUUUUGCUAUUUUAUGUUUCUAUAGUCAAAUGUUUCUUUGGUUCCAGCAAGAUAGUGUAAAAUCUUGAAAGAAAUAAAGAAAAUCAAAUUAA